AGAGGCUUUGAGGUUAUUGAUGAUGCCAAAAAGCAGAUUGAAGCAGUGUGCCCCGGAAUCGUCUCUUGUGCUGAUAUUCUUGCCCUCGCUGCUCGCGAUGCGGUUGUUCUGGUAAUUAUUUUAAGUUUCAUAGUAUAUUAAAAGAAGUAAAAAUCGAGAUGUCUGUUAGAUUUUUGAGGUAAGAAGAAAGGGUUGAGAGACGACUUGGAAGAAAGUAGGAAAAGAGUUGAACACAGAACAUAAAUCUGACAUAGCCAUUUAAGGGAUUUUGCAAACAAACAUGAACACCUUCUCUUUGAAUCCAGCUUUCCUCUCCUUCACAUCUCCCAUGACGGGAGGAGUGAGUUGGCUGGUGCCAACAGGACGUAGAGAUGGAACGGUUUCAUUGGCAUCCAACGUUAAACUAAUAAGUCCCAAGGAGUCCACUGAUGCUCAAAAGCAAAAGUUUGCUGCAUUUGGUCUCAACACACAAGACCUUGUCGCCCUUGUUGGUAAUUAAUUAAGUAUUAAUUAAGCAAUAU